AUGAGCACUGAGGACAAGACGACAAAGGCGCAGCCCGACAUGGGCCAGGACAACCACCAUCGUCCUGCGUCUAUCCGCGGCAUCGACGGUAACGAGAUCAACACCAUCAACGAUGCCGGCGACGAUAUCCUCGCUUCCAAGGAACAACAUUCCGACGAACCUGUCCAGAACAUCUUCAACCAAGGCGGCAAGAACUACAGAACCCUCGGCAAGUGGGAUACCGUCUUCGUCCUCAUCACGAACCAAGUCGGUCUUGGUGUCCUUUCUCUUCCUGGUUGUCUUCAAGUUCUCGGUGUCGUCCCCGGCGUCAUCGCCAUCAUCGGUCUUGGAUCUCUCUCUGCCUAUACUGCCUACGAACUCCUCCAAUUCUACAGAAAGUACCCCCAUGUCGUCAAUGUCGUCGAUAUGUGUGGUAUCAUCGGUGGAAGACCACUCGAAAUUAUUGCCGGUAUCGGUCUGAUGAUCAAGGUUAUGAUGACUUGUGCCUCUGCGAGUGUAACAUUGUCUGUCGCAUUCAACACUCUUAGCAACCACUCUCUCUGCACUGUCAGCUUCGUUAUUAUCGCUGUUGUGGCAUGCUGGGUAUUGUGUCUUCCCCGAACCGUCAAAUUCGUCUCGCAAUCCGGUAUUCCUUCAACGAUAAGUAUCCUGGCUGCCGCUCUUACUGUCAUGAUCAGCUUGGGCUUCUCGUCGCCCUCACAGGCCCCUCCUGGCUGGGAAAGAGAGAUCCAAGUCAUCGGCAACCCGACCUUCCGCCAAGGACUCAACGCCUGUCUCAAGAUCUGCUACGCCUAUGCAGGAAAUAUCAGCUUCGUCUCUUAUAUGGCCGAGAUGAAGAACCCCAGCCGAGACUUCCCUAUGGCAUUGGCCUGCCUUGAGUGCUUCUCCAUUACACUUUACACAAUCGUCGCUGUUGCUAUCUACUGUCUCGCUGGCGACUAUACCACCUCCCCUGCUUUGGGAUCCGCGCCUAGAACUGCCGCCAAGGUAGCAUACGGACUCGUUCUGCCUUGUGUUUUCGCUACCGCCAUGGCUUUCGGACACACUGGUAUCAAAUACAUGUAUGUUGUCGCUAUGCGAGGACUCAAGUCCACUCACCAAGUCACCGACCGAAGCGUCAAAUCUUGGAGCGUUUGGGUCAUCUGCGUGACUCUGUACUGGAUCAUUGUCUUCGUUAUUUCCAACGCCAUUCCCAUCUUCGACUCUAUCCUCUCCAUCUCCUCCGCAACCACGAUCGCCUGGUUCACUUUCGGUCUCAGUGCCAUCUUCUGGUUCCACAUCAACAAAGGCCAGUAUACCAAAAACUGGAAGAAGAUUGCCCUAUGCGUCGUCAAUGGACUGCUUAUUGUGCAGUCGUUGUUUAUGAACGGCGGUGGUCUGUGGUCUUCUAUCACGGAAUUGUUGAACAUUUUCGCCAACGAUUCAAGCAAGAUUCGCGGCACUUUCUCCUGCGGCGAUAACUCUAUUUGA